UAUACUGAACACUUACUGAUCUUACCAGAAUAGGUCAGAUGUAUUGAUGUCCAAUCUUAAAUGUUUCUGAAGAGAUACCUGUGAUAGAAAUAUACAUUCUGGGCAAGAAGUAAAGGGCAGACCAGAAUCUCCUGACACACAUAAUGUGGCUAGAAGAAUCCCAAAUGAAAUCAAAAGGUUCCCGGAAUCCCACUCUGAUCCCUUGCGUCUUCGCUCUUGUAUCCAUCUUGCUCCUCAGUGCUUGCUUUAUCUCAACUUGUUUGGUGACUCAUCAUUACUUUUUACGCUGGAAGAGAGGAAACGUGGUGAAUCUGUCAGACUACCACACAAGGCUAACAUGCACCCAUGAGGAGUCACCACCUGGAGCUACAGGAGGUACGUGGACCUGCUGUCCUGUUAGCUGGAGUGCCUUCCAGUCAAACUGUUACUUUCCUCUUAAUGACAACCAGACCUGGUAUGAAAGUGAGAGAAACUGCUCAGAGAUGAGCAGUCAUCUGGUGACCAUCAACACCGAAGCAGAACAGAAUUUUGUGACUCAGCUUUUGGAUAAACAAUUUUCCUAUUUCCUGGGACUUGCUGAUAAGAAUGUGGAAGGCCAAUGGCAGUGGGUAGACAAGACGCCGUUUAACCCACACACGGUAUUCUGGGAAGAUGGCGAACCCAAUAACUUUAUGGAAGAAGACUGUGUUGUCCUUGUUUAUGUCCAAGAUAAAUGGGUCUGGAAUGACUUUCCUUGUCACUUUAAGGUGAGAAGGAUUUGUAAGUUACCUGGAAUAACAUUCAAUUGAAAGCCCUUGAAGUGAUCCUAUCAGACCCUGGGGAAGUGUUCAAGUGUCCAAGCAUCAUAGAAAUAGAUAACACACUGGGUCAUAGAGCACCGUUAACAAUGAGGAUGAUUAUUUUUGUUUAAAUUUAAUUCAACAUACAUAGUGUGGUUUGUGCUCUCUUUCUCUUCUCUCUCUCUCUCUCUCUCUCUCUCUCUCUCUCUCUCUCUCUCUCUCUCUCUCUCUCUCUCCCUCUCUCUCUCUGUCUUUGUCUCUGUGUCUCUGUGGGGACUACAUACUGGCAUGCACACACAUGCUAAUGUACACAUGUUUAAGAUAGUAAGGUUUUGUGGUGUUUUGGUAGAGAGAAUGAUCAUCUUUCUGUGGGAUUCAGUUUUUAAUCAUUGCUUCCUUGAGAGUAUUUUAAGAAUUUACUUUUCAAUUGGUAUGUUUUUGUUAUAUAUUUAAUGAAAGUAUUAGAUUAUAUUAUAUAAUCUUUUUGUCAUUUUUCUCCUGUCCAAAUUGUUACCUCUUCAAAUUCAAACUUACAGCAGAAAAAUGGUAGUAAUAAAUCAUAUUUUAUUCUUCUCUUAUACAUUACAUUGUGGCCACAGAAUCCCUCUAGUCUUCCCAAUCCUCCCUACCACCUCUGUUUCAGAUCCACUCCUCCUCCAUUUCCCUUCAGAAGAGGGCAAGCCUCCCAGUGAUGUCUACUGACUAUAGCAUAACAAGCUACACUAAGCUAGGCACAAAUAUUUGUAUCACAGCUAGAAAAAACAACCCAGUAGGAGAAAUAGUAUCCCAUUUAAACCUAAAUCUCAGUUAAAAUUUUUUAAUUGAUAUUUUACUUUCACAUUUAAGUGGUUACUAAAUAUCUACCAGGAAAACAAUGUAAAAGGGGCUUCAGUGAUUGUAUUGCCCAGGUAGAAAAGAAGAAUAUAGACCUUUUAACAAUUUUCUUCUUUUUCCAUUCCAGCUGUUGGGUCAAAGCAGGUAGUUUCAUGAUGGCCUAACUUCAUUGUAAUGGCCUCUUUUUACCCCCCUUUAACUGAGGAAAUAAAGUCCUAGGAAGCUAAAGAGCUCCCAUUUUCAUUGCUUGUUCAUGGCAAUCAGGACAAUGGUUCACAUCUACCUUUUCCUGGAGAUGAACCCUAUCUCCUUUGUACUUGCAGGGAAGUUAAUGGAGAUAAGCUGGCCUUUUUACUUGGGCAAGGACUCAUUUCUUAAUUAUCUGAAGUUCCACUCUAUUGGUGUUUUCAUUUUAAUUAAUAAUAAAUAAUUAAUAAAGAGGCCACAUUUUCAUUUAUUUAUAUAAAUUGUUCUAAUGUUUAAGAGCUGUACUAUUGGCAACCUACAAUUAUGAUGUUUGUACUAUUAGUAGUUCAGUUGUGAGUUACCAUAAGAAAACCUACUGGAGGCUAUGGAGAUGGAUCAGAGGUUAAAAUUGCUUGCUCCUCUUCCAGAGAACCUGAGUUUGCUUCCUAGUAUUUAUAUCAGGUGGCUCAUAGUGGCCUACAACACCAACUCUAGGGUAUCUGACACUUUCCUCUGGUCUAUACAACUUCUUCUGCUGAUACAACACACAUUCACAUACACAUAUUCACACACACAUGUGCACACAUAUAUACAUACACACAAAAAUAAAUAAAUAAACAUUUAAAAGAAAAGUACUGUUCAGGUUUUGCUUGAAAUUUGAUUUGCUGAUAUUUUCUACAUCUGAGCUGAGAGUUUCCAAGCAACAACUUUUUAAUUUUUCUUCUCCCCCACCACUUUGAAAGGCAAUAGCUACUCUGUAAAUUUGUUAAUAAUUUUCUGGGUUAAAUGUAGAACAUUAAUGUUUGGUUCAGUGUGACAGUAUAACAUUGUGUUUUGUGUGUGUUUGUGAAAAAGUUGGUAUGUUUAAAAGAAGUGGAACCAAGUACCUUGACAUUGGGUUAGAUACAUUAAUUAAAUCAUAAAUCACAAGACAAGUUGAAAUAAUUUUAAGCAUUAAUGACAUUUGUAUGUUUAACAUUAUCCAUUUUAAUGUACAAACCAUACACCUGUCUAUGAUGAAAUCCAAUUGUCAAUAAAAUA